AGCCCGCAGAUUACAAAUGCUUUCUGUGUGCCGGUUGUGUGCCCGCUGGGCUGAAUGUGUGUUAGAAAUAGAUAAUCUUCUGCUCAACAAUUUGCAACAGGCAAAAGAGGCGAUCAAGCGAAUGUUUCACUUGGAUUUGUCAUGCCCACCUUCGUAUCCGAACCAGGUGUGCCUGGAAUGCGUUCAAUAUCUGGAACAUAGUUAUGUUUUCCACCAGCAGCUACUGAACGCGGAGAAGGUAUUCCAGGCGCUGCAGGAACGGGGUGAAUUGAUCCAGCGACUGUCGGAAAUGAAAAAUGCUGGUGAUGCAUUACAGUUCGAGGAGAUGGUAGAAGAAGAAUCGGGAUCUGAAGCGCCACAAACUGAUGUCGAUGAAUCAGUUGGUAACGAUAGAGAGAUGGAUCUUACAAGGGAUGAAGAAAAUAGCGCGUCGGCAAAACUAUCGGAACGUGUGAUCGAAAUAAAGAUUGAAGCGAUCGAGGAGCUGGAAAUUAUUAGCUGUCCACUAGCAACUGACGGAAACGUUAAGGAACAAUCAUCUCAGGCAAAUAUCGCUGAUGAUGAGGAGAAUGAAAAUUAUUCACCAGAUAUGGAGCUACACCGAACACAAAGAACGACAAAUACAGUGAAUGAGUUACGCCGAGAACCGAUGACGGUGAAAGUACCACCGGAACAAAAAACGCAUCAUACCGCCAGGCGAAACAAGUGUUACGUCUGUUAUAAAACUUAUGGGACAGAGGCUGAAUUGAUGUCCCAUCUGAUAAAGCACAACGACUUGUUGCCUUAUCGUUGUCAACAGUGCAGUACACCGAACUGUGCCUUUGAGUUUCGUACGAACCAAGCACUGAACAAGCAUCUCGAGACCCAUUGGUACCCUUAUGAGUGUGCCGCGUGUCAAUUGCGCUUCAGCAAAAAGGAACGAAUCGAAGACCAUUUGCGUACAGUGCAUGGGUCCGAUAGCUGGCACACUUGCAAGCGGUGUGGAUUAAAAAUUCAAGAAUUGCGUAAAUAUCAACUUCACGUCACUGCUCAUCGGAAUAUGGAGUCGACACAGUACCACACAGUAAAUAAUCUGCACGAACGUCAAAAACGGUUGCAGCACGCACUUUUAGGACGAUUGUUCCAGUGUUCCUAUUGUACGCGAAAAUUUAAACACAGUAGCAGCUACGAGCUGCACAAGAAGCACCAUCUGCAAACGAAACCACUGUAUCAAUGUACCGAGACAAGGUGUCGUGAGCGAUUUACCAGCUUCCGCGAAUGGCGACGACACAUGAAAGUACACUUUCCGAACGAAUCGGUAUAUUUGAAGCGGGCCCAUACGCUACCAGAAUCGCAUCGCGAUACCAGCAGCUAUCCAAAGGCAUGCCCGGAACAGGACUGUUAUUACGUAGCACCAGCACUGCCGCCAAUGUUUGCCCACUUUAGCGUUCAUUCCGUCCGUUCGUCCACACACUGAAGUCUUUCAUGAUAAUGUGCGGUGAGUGUUAAUAACAGUAUUAUAAAUGGCUAAUAGUCUUUCGGCGCGAAUAGCGCAAACAAAUCUGUACACGCACCUGGUAUUCCAGGUUAACCUCUCAAUCAUUAGUAUUUCUGGCGUACGCUGACGUACACUAUCGCUGGCAGUGUAGCUCAACCGUAAUGAUGGAUUAUUCUCCCGUCGAAUCCGACUAAAAGUGAUUUACCUACUAGAUUUACACGUUCAGCACCGCAUCAUCCAAAUUUGGGUGAUACCAACAGUUACCGCCUGGCCGUAAUACCCAGAAAUGGGUGAUGUGCUAUACAAAAAGCCAAAUAAGAUUUGAAAUGCAAUAGUCCCUCGGUAACUAUUACAAUUUUUAACACGGCGCUGAACGUGUUAAGAACUGUUUAUUGGCUUUUAAAGACUUAAUCCUGUGAAUAUACUAUA